GACAGUCGCCAGUGACGAGUCGACUCUCAGACCGAUACACGUCUUCACACAAUUUGUGACAUAGUGCAUUAUAUUUAUUUACAUUCUAUAACCAUGCAGAAACUAUGCGUGUUUUUCGUUCUGGAGUCGAAAUAAACCAACCCUGACCUGAAAGAUCUCAUCCACCCAUCUCUCAUUGCCAGUGAAGCCAUGUGCAUGAGCUUCAGACAAAAAAGACAAGCUCCUCAAGAACAAGGCACGCUUGUAGACAGGUACGGGUGGGACAGACCAAACGGAAUUUGGAUCUUCCCCAAUUUCCCCUUCCCUAACCCUAACGGGCAAUUACCUGACCAAGUGCAAUUUCCUGACGAUGACGAUGGUCAGCUGCCUGGUCAGGGCCAAUUGCCCGGUCAGGGGCAACAGACAACGCCUCCAGCGACUAACAAUGGUGGUUCUACAACUGUGUCUCCUUCGUAUCAGGAUUGUCUCCGCGGCUGCCCCGUGACUCCCGAAUACAACCCAGUCUGUGGCACUGACAGAGUCACCUACACCAACCCCGGCAGGCUGAUGUGUGCCCAAGCUUGUGGUUCAAAUGUAAGUCUCCUCAGAGCGGCGCCUUGCCCUCCUGCUUCCGAUGCGUCCAGUUAAAAAAAUAUAUUAUUAACUAUAAAAGUACAUAUAGUUCGCGAAGACUAUUUCCCAUUGUGAUUUUGUUAAAAAAAAUCUAUUCGUCUUUUUUAUUAAAAAUAGCUUAAUGUGGCUGUGAAAAAAGUUUUGGCUUAAAGCCUUAUAUUGGAACGAAAAAAAUUAUAAUAAAACAGAAAUAGAAAAUG